CAUCGCAUACAAACAAGUAAAAGUUAAAGUCUUAAGGCCUGUCUUAAGUUGACAGGCCAGACUUUACACUAUUUCCUUUCGUUGUUUAGCGGCCAUUUUAGCUGCCUUUUUUUGAUGUUUUCACUUCUUUUCGACUUUUUUUGUAUAUUGUUUUGUUUAUUCCUGAAAUGAAUUGUUACCUCGAAUUACCUUGUGACCAAAGUGACCUUAUACAGAGUAAAAAAACUAACUUAUGUGCCAAAAAGAAAGCAAACAUUUUAAAGUGUUCAGCAUUGAAUAGUUUUGGUAAAUUGUUGUACGAAGACUGUGAUCGUGAAGGUAUUUGGGACACAUUUGACCCCAUUUUGGACCCAGUUGACCCCAUGAACCGUCCUCACAACGAGAAUUUACAAAAGUUCACCUCAUUUUUGCUCAAAUUGAAACCAAAUAGUGGAAAUUAUUCUUUUACAAAUAACAGCCAAGAGUUCAGUUCUGGUCUAAUCAAAGAUGCCAGUGAAAAUGUAAUACGCUCUGACGCCUCGUUGAACAUGAGCAACAAAAGUAUCGCCAGUCAAAAUAGUCAAAACAACAACAUUGUGAACAACAACAAUAGUAUAGGAAUUGACUCAGCAACUCCUUUGAAUAACCUUUCCUCCUCUUCGCGUUCCCAUGUAAAGGAAUCGACAGUCAAAUUGAUGGGACAAUUUAAAGCUUGGACACUGGACAGAAAGUUUCUUCGCGGUCGUAAAAAGUCAUCUUCUAACCGAACAAAUGGAGAAGGAAGUCGAGCCUCCAUCAGUACAGUUGAUUCAACCGACUCUGCUCUAACGUCUUCCGAGAAAGGUGUUGACACGCCAGAUUGUUCACUAAUUUCGCGAAAUCAAAAAAUGUCAACCUCAAGUUCAACAAGUUCUAGUUCAUAUCUGAGACGAACAAGCCUUUUUGGUGCAGUUUUUGCAUCCAACAAUGAAGUCAACUCUACAACAUCAACAUCCUCCAGUUCACCAGCCUCUCAUCCUCACCCCAAUGGAGAUGAAGUGGACAAUUCAUUUGAUUGCUCUGUUGUUCCCAUGGAAGGAGAUGUUUUACACUCAUCGGCAGAUCAACAUUUAUCUUCAUCUGGUCGACUCUGGACAAAAUCACCAACUUCACUCUCUUUUGCCACUACUCAUGGCGGUUCCUCUCCACUCUCUGUAUCAUCUUCAACCAUUUCUUCCUCUGGGUUAACUUAUUCUCUCGAUGAAAGAAUUGCAAUGCUUGAUGAAAAUUUAGAUUGCAUUAAUGAGGAAAGGUUUCCAGUAAAGAUGAUGGCUGUCAGUCUUGAAAAGGAUGAUAAUGGAGGCCUUGGAAUUUACGUUACACCAAAGCCAAAUGAAGAUAAUACCAUGGGUUACAUCAUCGCUGAUUUUGAACCCGAUGGCCCUGCAGACAGAAGUGGACUUUUACAAAGACAAGAUCAAGUUCUCAUGGUCAAUGGAGUUUCACUCAGUGGGUUAUGUCUUGCAGAUGCUUUAUCUUUAUUGAAAGAAUCUGAAAGACUCGUUCAACUGGUUGUUGCUCGGAGAGUUGAUAAUUUUGAUGGACUUGCAGAUGUUGAUACAAUCAGCUCCACAACAAAUUUAUCUGCUGUUGAAAAUGAACUCAUACCACAACCUGUACCACAAUCUCAAUUGCUCAAUAAUUCAUCGACUAGCACCAAUCAUCGUCAUCGCAACUCUUCAAUUUCAGGUCCAAUUCCUGAAUUAGAUGAAGUUGACCAGUUUAAAAGAAAACUGUCAAAUGUUGAACAAGAAAACAAAACAAAUUCAAUGAUCUCUUCAGGCCUUUGUACAGUCCCUCGAAAACCAAAGUUGCCAUUAGGAACCAGUCGUCAUACUGUUGUCUUCAAGAAAGGUCCUGGUUGUCGAAAAUUAGGUUUCAGUCUCGUUGGCGGGAAAGAUUCACCCAAAGGUGCCAUGGGAAUCUUCGUGAAAACCAUUGUACCCAAUGGUCAAGCAGCAGAAGAUGAUAAAUUAAAAGAAGGUGAUGAGAUACUCUCUAUCAAUGGCCACAUUAUGGAAGGUUUAACUCAUGCUGAAGCAAUCGGCAUUUUUAAAUCUAUCAAAACAGGCGAUCUGGUUCUGAAUGUGCUUAGGCGCAAUCGUCAAUUACUCAAAAAUUCUACCAACUCAAAAUCUUGCUCAAAUUUGGAGAUACUUGAAGCCAACUCAUAAACAAUCGACCAUAUUCACCUGUUUUAUUUAUCACCUUAGUCCACAUUUCAACCCAAUACUGCCUCAUCGAAGAUUUUGUGACCUUUUUUUGAUAAACCAUUUUUUAAUAUCUGUCACAUUCUAAUCCUUUGAAUGAAAUGCUAGUCUAUUUCAAUUAUUACUUCAUCACUUGUCUAUUAUACCAUGAAAAUUGCCUUAAAAGACUUUUUGUAAUCAUUGUCUUUCCUCUUUUUCAGAGUUUGUUUCACAUUCUUUGAAAUUUAUUAAAAAUUCACAAGUGAUCCUUAAA